AUGGAGAAAGUGAUAGAAGAAGAAGAGCCUCUUCUAAACCAGGAGCAGAACUCCAAUGGCAUUGUUGUCAACAACAACAAAGGUGGUUUUAGAACCUUACCUUUUAUCAUAGCUAAUGAGGCAUGUGAGAAAGUUGCAAGUAUUGGAUUAAUGCCGAAUAUGAUCAUAUACUUGACUAAAGAGUAUAACAUGCACACUGCUGAAGCUACUAAUUUCAUCUUGCUAUGGUCUGCUGCCACCAAUUUCACUCCCCUCAUUGCUGCUUUUCUUGCUGACUCCUAUUUCGGUCGAUAUUCGAUGAUUGCUUUUGGUUCUCUUUCUAGCCUUCUGGGAAUGAUUCUUCUAUGGUUAACAACUAUCAUCCCACUAUCAAGACCUAUGUUGAUGUUGCAUUCUUCUUUUGCUCUCAUGUCCAUUGGAGCUGGCGGCAUAAGAUCAUCCUCUUUGGCCUUUGGUCUUGAUCAAUUAAGCAAACGCGGCAAAAAUGCAGGCAUCAAAGAGGGCUACUUAAGCUGGUACUAUGCUUCCGCGGGAGUGUCGUCGCUCUUAGGAUUAAGUGCUGUUGUCUAUCUUCAAGAUAACAUGGGAUGGACAGUAGGAUUCGGUGUUCCUGUUAUCUUAAUGUUUAUAGCUACAUUAUCAUUUUUCUUAGCUACUCCAUUUUAUGUAAUGGUUGAGGCUAAGAGGAACAUUCUAAGUAGUUUAGCACAGGUUGUUGUAGCUUCUUACAGAAACAGACUUUUGCAGUUACCACAAGAGGAUGUGAAUGUGAAUGGUAGUAUCUACCAUCAUGACAAGGACUCGAAUCUCCUCGUACCAACUAAGAAAUUAAGGUUUCUCAACAAAGCAUGCAUAAUGAGAAAUCCCUUAGAAGAUCUAACACCGAACGGAAGCGCUUUAAAACCAUGGAAUCUUUGCACAAUUGAUCAAGUUGAAGAUUUCAAGGCACUUGUUAAGAUAGUACCAAUUUGGACAACAGGAAUCAUGAUGACAGUAAAUGUGAGUCAAAGUUCGUUUCUUGUACUAGAAGCUACCUCCAUGAACUGCCAAAUUGGUUCAAAUUUCAAAAUCCCUCCCGCCUCCUUCGGUACAUUUAUGAUUUUAUCUUUAAUACUUUGGGUUAUACUCUACGACCGACUUUUAGUCCCUUUGUCAUUGAAGAUACGAGGACGCGCGACAUGCUUAGGCGCAAAACAAAAACUGGGAGUUAGUCUAUUUUCUUGUUGCAUAUCAAUUGCAUCACUUGCUAUUGUAGAGAAUAUUCGACGCAGAAUGGCGAUCAACCAAGGCUAUUCAGAACAACCGGAAGCCGUGGUGAAUAUGUCUGCAAUGUGGCUAUUGCCGCGCCAAAUCAUCGAUGGAUUGGCCGAGGCGUGUGGUGUAGUAGGACAAAGUGAGUUUUUUCUGAAUGAGUUGCCUGAAUCUAUGUCUAGUGUAGCUUCAACUCUUGGUGGACUUGGAAUUUCUGUUGCAAAUUUGGUUGCAAGUUUUAUUUUGAGUAUUGUUGAGAGUGUUAGUGGAAGUGGAGGGAAUGAAAGUUGGGUUUCAAGUAACAUAAAUAAGGGUCACUAUGACUACUAUUAUAGUUUUAUUUGUGCUUUAAGCAUUUUAAAUUUUGUGUAUUUUGUUUAUUGUAGUAAAUCUUAUGGUCCUUGUAAGAAUAGACAAAAAUGA